UCCCAUGGUCUAACUUAUUUUAGUAAAGUCAAUUAUAUAGUGUGUGUAUGUAGCAAAGGCAGCCGAAAUGAGUGAGAAUCUUCAUCGAAUUUUAUCAAAACGCUUUUUUGGUCUACAAACUAAUUCAAAAAUGCUACAACUCUUGUGUUUACGUGCUGCUUUUAAGCAAGCGGGGGCCUCUGCCCAAUGUGAAUGUUUUUCAACUUCAGUUAACGAACUAAACAGUCGUAUACCUAAAAUAAGCGAAACAGUCCAAGCCAGUGGAGGUUUUCGGCCGUCAAAGGCACUAGUAUUAACAAAAUUGACUCGCUACGAGUUCGAGAAACGACGGCACUCUGCAUACAGUGAACCUCAGCUGAUACGAAACCUAGAAUCCAAGGGAUCUGAUUACAAGAGUUUACUUCAGAUACACAAUAACCACCAGAGGGCAAAGGACAUUGUCGUUGCCUGCUUACAGAAGGAAGGUAUUGAAACCAGGGUUGUGUCUAGAUUUGGAUACGUUCAGGAGGCCAUUGACUGGGCAGAUGUGGUAUUUACAUCAGGCGGAGAUGGAACUUUUCUUCUGGGUGCUAGUAAAAUUCUCAGUCGAGACAAGCCUAUUAUAGGUGUCACAUCUGAUACGAAAAGGUCUGAAGGAAGGCUAUGUCUCCCCAAGGCGUUGUCUGAAAAUUUUUCAGAAGCCCUUGCAAGACUCCUGAGAGGUGAUUUCAAAUGGCAGUGGCGUCAGCGCAUCCGUCUGACGAUGACUGGCCGUGGCGUGAACAUCGUGCCGAUAGAGUUCCACAACCAUCAGCUGAACAUCCCCGAGCUACGAUACUUCGAGCACAUGCGCGAACACCUGCAGUCACUGCAGGAGCAGGAGGAACACGAGGGCGCACCAGUACCAUCGACGAGCGUCGUGCUUCCUGUUCGCGUGCUCAACGAGGUCUUCCUAGGAGAGUCGCUCUCCUCGCGGGUGUCGUAUUAUGAGGUGAGUGUUGAUAACUGGCCAAGUAUCAAACAGAAGAGCUCGGGGCUCACGGUUUCCACGGGAACGGGCUCAUCGUCAUGGCAUUUCAACAUCAACAGACUCACCGCACAGAGUGCUGAGCAAAUACUGAGGAUCGCGUGCAAGGAAACGGGAUGCGACAUUGAUUUUAGCAACAUAGCGUUGGUGCAGGGCAUCUGCCAGAAGUUUAAUGACGACUUGAAUUUCGAUGCUGCCGAGCCAAGGAUGGCCUACACAGUCAGAGAUCCCAUUAUAAACUCAAUAUUUCCAGCGACUCCAUCGAAAGGAUUUGCGAAGACGAUGACGGUUCGUUCGCGAUGCUGGGAUGCUUGCAUCGUUGUCGACGGAGGCCUAUCAUUUAUCUUCAACGACGGAGCCAUGGUCCACUUAGAAAUACUGCCGGAGGAUGCGUUGAAAACCGUCUCCUUAUAACGACGGCAGGAUUUAGCUGUCAUUGUUUUUCAAUUGGGAAAGAUAUUUUCUGUGACGUGUGAUUUCGCAAACCACAUAGUGGGAGUGAACGUUUAUCAGUGUCGCACAGCUGUACCUAUGACUAAUCGAUACAAUUACACGAUCAGUGUGAAAGCUAUCAUCAACUAAGAUUUGGAGUAGAGUAACAGUUAGCGAGGGUAAGGUGCAAUCAUCCCAUCUCAAUGCCAUAACAUCUCAUUUUCAGUAAUAGCCCCUUAGAUAUGGUACAGCACAGAACAUACCUUGUGUUUUUCGACAGUGAAAUGACCGAGAAUCUUUUACACCGUUUCACGCUCACCGCCCCUCCUUACACCAAUCAUCCACCAGCUGUAUUUAACUAUACAUGCCUUGCACCAUCCACGCAGUGCAGUGCGCAUCCAUGCAUCUCUCACACUGUGCAGCACCAUGCCAACAGAGGAUAUGCCUUAUGGUGAUAGUGUAUCCUUGCUCAUGUAUCUGGUUGUCUGUAUACUAGGGAAGAGUUAGGCGAAUCUAACGUGGUCUACCACAGUUCAAAACUAGUGGUACGUCACUGACCGCUCAAGCUGGUGUCGAUCUUAGCAAAAGCUGUGGGGGGAAUCUGUUACAUCACGUGUUUAAUCUACUGUGUAGAUAGGUUGGUUGUUCGUGAACCCAUGUUGAUUGAAUAGACGUGGCUUCCGCGUUUGAGAGAUAUCCAGAUUAACUGAGUGGGAAGUUAGAGUGAUUUAAUAUUGGUUUGUAGGUAUCAUGGAACGUGGCAAUGGAUGGUUAAUUAUACUUAAUUAUGUAAAUUAUAAUCGUAAUUAUUUGGCAAUGUGUUGGGGUUAAUCUGGGGGAUGAUAUCCGGAUGACGAUAUCCCAUACGGGUAAUUCAAAAGCUAAAAUACUACUGUGAGUUGUUCGUUAUACGUGUGUUAAUGGCAAUACGGCAAUGAGUCAUUGCGUUCUGCUAUGAAUUUUGCUGUGCUAUUUAAAGCCUCAGUCAUCCGUCUGUGUUAAAGGUUUCGCUAAACGUUUGAUACCUCGUCAUGCGUGAUCGAUUUUAUCAUCAUGAAGUUAUCGGUGAUUCUAUUCUAUUGUGUACGUGUGAGAGUGUGUGUAGUAUUCAUCACAUGCAAUAUAAUACUUAUCUAUGCAGCAGCAGCAGCAGCAAGAGAUAUAGACACGGUUUCAGUGAAACCUCAUUGCUAAUUGAUAGAAAUGAGUACGCGCGUCUUUCGCUGUAUUUUUGUUAUGUUAAACAAACCUGGACGUUGUUUGUGAAUUUUCGCUGUAACUCGGCGUCGUGUUUCACUGUUUCUCUCCGUAAAAAUGCUCCAUGUGAAUAAAGACUAUGUGUUAAUCUGUAUGCCUAUACGAUAGCGCCUUACUGAAUAGAUCGUGCGACAAAGGUUGUUCAUAAUCCGUCUAGUGAUCAGUUAAAGUGCAUGCAAUGGACGUCCACCCGUCAUUUCAGUUACGCUUAACAGCUUCUUUUAAAGAUUUUUGAUCUUUGUAAGAGUGGAACUAGAACAAUUUUGUGACUUUUAGCGAGAUUGAGGAAAUUGUAAAAAUUAGGCUGUGCUGCCGCAAUAUUGUUGACAGCCUUGUAGUGUGUGAAUUUUGCUAAUGAUCACGGGAAUGCUUUUUCCCAGUACGGCGUUUUAUGAUAAGUUAGUUUUUGCAGUUUAAAUGGUUUCUCUCCAUAGUCAAAUUUUUAUAUCGCUAUAUAUAUUCUACGAUUGUCGUAAUUUUCGUAAGUGUUGCAGGGAAUCAUGACUUCUCUCACCAUAAACCGUUGUCAACCUUCCUACAAUGCAAUGUUCUUGAACUGCCCUCAUAGUAUUCCGCACCUCCUUGAUUGUUUUUUUCUUUUCCAACUCCAAACUCUUUCCUCAUUAGAUAUUACAGGAGCCCGUUGUCAGAAAUAAAAUUAGUCAUAACAUUUGUCUUAACGUUAUUUUAUUUCUCGUAGACCGGACACCUAUACACUGCGGAUGAGUAACUUUACCAAGUUUCUGUCAAUGAUCUACGAGAAAACGUUCGUCUCAAGACUAAUUUUAUCUUUGACAACGGGUCCCUUUGUCUAGAUGUGCAUCGUUCUAGCUCGUGUGGCUGUACUUAGACUACUCUGAAAUAACUUGGGGAAUCUCUACAUGGAACGUUACUUGUGAACAGUUCCACGUUUAUACACGCACCUGAUGGAAAACAUCUUUACGCUUCGCUUGUAUCAAUAAAUUAUUCAUUUUAUAUUGUAUGUACA